AACAGGACGCCUCUAUAAAAUAUUAUGUAGUGUUCGGUGAAAUGAGUCUAGACCAAGUAUUCUAUGAAGAACUCGCCAAUUCGUCUUCUCCAGAAUUCAAGAAUUUGAGUACAGAAUUCUGUGGCGCAAUUAAAGAUGCGCUGCAGAAAAACUCUUCGGAAUACGGAGAUAAAUACCAACAUUGUGACGUGACUAAUUUCAGGAACGGAAGCAUAGUGGUUCAAUACAAGGUGUACUACGAGUUCACUACUACUAUAAUCAUCGAGGAAACGGUCCAAAAAGAUAUCAACAGCUCCCUAACACCAAUUGAUUCCAGUCAUACACAGUUGUCUAAUUUUAAGGUCAUAACAACGAGUUUGACUAUCACGGUAAAUGUUGAGACUUAUGUAAUAGAUCCCAUAACAACUAGUUCAACAACAACAUCAACUACAGCACCAGCAACAAAAACCACAACCGACAGUUCCACAGGAACCACAUCCGACAGUACCACAUCGACUACAGCACCAGCAACAGAAACCACAACCGACAGUUCCACAGAAACCACACCCGACAGUACCACAUCGACUACAGUACCAGUAACAGUAACCACAACCGACAGUUCCACAGAAACCACACCCGACAGUUCCACAUCGACUACAGCAUCAGUAACAGUAUUCACAACCGACAGUUCCACAUCGACUACAGCACCAGUAACAGUAUCCACAACCGACAGUUCCACAUCGACUACAGCACCAGUAACAAUAACCACAAUCGACAGUUCCACAUCGACAUCACCAGUAACAGUAUCCACAACCGACAGUUCCACAUCGACGACAUCACCAGUAACAGUAUCCACAACCGACAGUUCCACAUCGACUACAGCACCAGCAACAGUAUCCACAUCCGACAGUUCCACAUCGACGGCAUCACCAGUAACAGUAUCCACAACCGACAGUUCCACAUCGACUACAUCACCAGUAACAGAAACCACAACCGACAGUUCCACAUCGACGACAUCACCAGUAACAGUAUCCACAACCCACAGUUCCACAUCGACUACAGCACCAGUAACAGAAACCACAACCGACAGUUCCACAUCGACGACAUCACCAGUAACAGUAUCCACAACCGACAGUUCCACGUCGACAACAGCACCAGAAACCACAGCAACAGCUGAACCAGUGAAAUAUACAGCAGAUAUCCAUGUUUCCAGUAUAGUUGCUACUGUUGGAGAACUCACGACAUCAAAAGCGUGCAUAGUCACUCCGCACGGAGAAUGGCUUCAAAUCAACGUAUCAGUCGAUUCGGCCGGGGUGUCACACGUCAUCGGGAAAUUAGAUUACAACCAAUCUUUUGAAAACCCAUCGUCCCUGGACAGAUUUAAUGCUAGUAUCCGCAUGAAUGGUGAUACAGUUGAUGUGAUGGUGACUCUGAAUCUAACGGAACCAACAACCGAAAUCUGCUCCUGGGACAACAGUUAUAAAGUGUAUUGCUCUGUGAUUAUGAACGACACUUUUCCGACUAAGGUGGUCGAGUUCAAUGCAAUUUCCGUGACAGCUCCUAUGUCAGAAGUAAGCAUCGACUCUAAGGUACAUUACAACGAAGGUGAUCUGAUGACCUUCAAUUGUACAACGAAAGUGGAUCCAGAUUAUAGUUACUUUCAUGCUGAAUUAAUCAAAAAUUCCAACACUCUUUUCACAAUUCCCGGUCCAGAUUUUGGGACUGGACCUAACACCGACUGUUCCAUUGAUUUCAACUGGGUUGGUGGUCCCCCUCUUCCGCUGACUUCCAAUCAAAACGGCGUCAUAGUCCGCUGUGUUGUACGAAACACUGUGCUGAAUAAGACUAAGAUUGCUGAAAAGACGCUGAAUGUAUCAUCUGCUGGUGUUGCAUUUUUUGAAUAUAUCAAAUCAAACCUGAAAAAAAGUUUCCAAGAAAUAGAAUGCAUAGCCUGCAGUGCGUCAUCAAUAUUUCAGGAAAUCAUUUUAUCUAAAGAUGGUGCCGAAAUUGCUGUUAUGAAUAGUUCAGGAACGGCCUCAAUGCUUAUAACUAAUGCGAGAUACUCUGUAACAACACAAUCGUUUAGUGGGGAUGAACGACUGAUCUUGAGAAUAUCCAGUGUGGAGUGCGAAGAUCAAGGAAUGUUUGGUUGCAAAAUGUCGACAAAGAACAAUUCUAUAAUAACCGCUCCCAAUAUGACGUUUAUUGUGGAAGGAGCUAAACCAGAAUUGAAAUUACAUCCCGACAUAUUCGAACCUUUUGCUAGAGCAGAUACUCAAACAGAAUAG